AUGGGACUGUGCGCUUGGAGGCAAGAUUAUUUAAACAUCAGAACAAGAAACAUCAAGCAAGUGAAUAUUUCUUCUAACAAAUGGGCAGUGGACAACAUGGUACGCGAUGGGGAACACCUUAUACUAGUUACUGUAUGCCCCGAAGGGAACUAUGAGGAGGGCGAGAUACAGUUCUGGGAAGCCACCGGUUCCCCUUUAAUCCCUCUAAGUGAUUUCUCCGAUCCUAUCAUUAUGAAGAAGUAUGGAGUGAAGUGUGACCCUGAGACCCUAGACAUUGUAAACACUGCUGCUAUGCAAAAACAUAUUAUGGUGAUCUUGAAGAUCUACUGGGGAGAUGCUCGCGAGAAGAUAUGUGAAGCAAUUGAUAAAAUUCCUCUAAGCUGCCUUGUUAUAGGAAACAGAGGUAUGGGCAAGCUUAAGAGGGCCAUAUUAGGUAGUGUGAGCAACUAUGUGGUGAAUAAUGGUUCUUGUCCUGUUACAGUAGUGAAGCAGGUGGAGCAUGAACACUAGUUUGUGUU